AAUUGUUAAAAUGCGGUCCUGGCCAGAGGGGGCAGUAAUGAGCGCAGAUUGUCACAUAAACCUGCAUUAAGGCGCAGAAGAAGACCGCGAGCUGCAGGUGAAGAGGAGAAGGUACACGGAAGGAAGUGCACUUAUUCUAAUUAGUGUGCCUUCAUUAGGGCAUUUCACCGGGUGGAGCUAAUGGGCUCAUUGUGCUCUCAACACUCUGGUUCAGUGGGCGGAGUCAGGAGGAUGGGCGGUGCAGAGGACAGCGCUCUGGUGGAGCGAGUGGAUGAUGACUCUCUGGAUGGGCGGGACAGACAGGAGGACAUCGCCCGGUUCCCAUAUGUGGAGUUCACAGGCAGAGACAGCAUCACCUGUCCCACCUGCCAGGGCUCUGGACGCAUCCCCUCAGAUCAGGUGAAUGAGCUGGUGGCAUUGAUUCCCUACAGUGACCAGAGACUGCAGCCUCAAAGGACGAAGCAGUAUGUUGGCCUGUCUGUGAUUGUGUGUUUGUUUGUCUGCUCCCUCGUCACCUUCUUCAUGUUCCCUCGGCCCGUCCUGGUGGAGGACGGAGGGAUACAGUCUGUCGUCAUCCAUUUUGACCAUGACAACAGCCGCGUGCUCAUUAACAUGACCAAUGCCCUGAACUUUAACAAUCAGAACUUCUUCACCGUGUUGGUGGACAGUGUGAACAGUCAGGUUCUCUACAUGAAGACGGUCAUCGGCACUCAGCAGCUCGACAACAUCAUCAGCAUCCAACCACUGAGCCAGAGACAGAUGAACUUCACUGUGACUGUGGAGAUUAGCGGUUCACUGUCCUACGUGUAUGCUUUCUGCACCAUGGCGAGCAUUAAAGUUCACAAUAUUGUGGUGUUCACACAGACCUCAGUAAAAACCUCCUACGUGGUUCGCAGUGCACAGAACACACUGGAGGCAUAUCGCUACAUUGACUGUGGCGCUAACUCCACCCUACACCACCCACCUGACCUUCACGGCUCUGUGCUGCCCCACUCAGGCCAGAGGACUCUGUACACACACAGGCUCCACCCAUUAAACACAGAAUAGCACUGUUCACAUCACGCUAUCUUUAAGCCAGCAAUAGUGUGAGAUUUCUCACAGCAUAUCUUCCCGUUAACUGUGUGGCUGAGACGCUAAACUCUAACAUUGAAUUCCUACUGGAUAAAAAAAAAACCUGCUGCACUUCCUGUUUACAUUCUCGUCUCAGGUCACUCACUUCAGGCACAUAAAGGGUUAGCCCUUAGCGUUAGCAGUUUGUGUUUCUGUAUUUAAACUAAAAGGGUGGGAAUUUUGAGAGAUAAAUGAGUGAUAAGUGGGGAUAAAUGAGAUGUGAUAAGAAUGCUAAAUGCUAGCAUGUGGUGCUACUGCUGAACGGCUGCUGAUAUCUCAGGUCACUUUUAUUUCAGGAGCAUGUAGUGUUAGCAUGUGGCCUUAUAGACUUAAAGCAGAGAGACAUGUAUAUAAAUGAUGUGUAACUGAGAUGCUAAAUGCCAACAUGGAUAGUAAAAUUAAUAAAAGUGUUUGUGUUUAGUCUUAACACUUAGCAUUAGCAGUGUUCGCAUAAGUGUUUCUGUACUUGAAGAAGAUAAAUUUUGCACUUUAUUUGCUUUUUCUUUUUAAUAUAUAUAUAUAUAUUAGGAUAUUUUUGGGUUUGUGUAAUUAAAUAUAUAAAUGUGAAGAUUAGACUACUCCCAUUUUUCUCUUGUGUAAAAUGGCAGCAGUGAAAUUUUAAUCUUUAUAUAAUGUGUGUGUGUG